AAGCAACUUCCUAUAUAAACACCCCAAUGCUCUCUCUUACUCUAUAUCAUAUAUCCCUCUCUCUAGCUAGUUUGCUUUCUGAUAAAGAGAAACAAGAAUGGGAGCUCUUGAUUACCUCUCCAACUUUUGCACUGUCACCAGCACAAGAAGCAAACGAAAACCAAUGCAGACAGUUGAGAUCAAGGUGAAGAUGGACUGUGAUGGCUGCGAAAGAAGAGUAAAAAAUGCUGUCACCUCCAUGAAAGGAGUAAAGACGGUGGAAGUGAUCAGAAAACAAAGCAGGGUGGUGGUUAGUGGAUAUGUUGAUCCAAACAAAGUCUUAAGAAGAGUGAAGAGCACAGGAAAGGUAGCUGAAUUUUGGCCAUAUAUCCCUCAACAUCUAGUUUACUAUCCUUAUGUUUCCGGUGCCUAUGACAAGAGGGCACCCGCGGGCUAUGUUCGCAAUGUUGUGCAAGCUUAUCCAGCCUCAAAUGCACCUGAAGACAACAUUGUAUCUCUCUUUAGUGAUGAUAAUGUGAAUGCUUGUUCCAUCAUGUAAGAGAUUGCUUUCAUGGAUUUGUGUAAAGCAAAAUGGGUUGCUAUCUUUUUUAAAAGCAAGACCUCCUUCAUAUGUAUGUAUUUAUGUACUAUUUUCUAUCUAGAAAUGAAGCAAACCUAGCUUUAAA